AUGGCAAACAAGACUUGGGUGGUAAGUGUGGUGUUCUGCUUCUUGUUCUCUUUUGUUCACAUUACAAAGGCAGGUCAAGACAGAGUCGCCAAAGCUAAGGAACUUGAGGCCGCCAAGCUUUUGAAUAAGAUGAACAAAUCAGCGGUUAAGUCUCUUAAGAGUCCUGAUGGUGACAUAAUUGACUGCGUCCAUAUUUUACAUCAGCCAGCUUUCGAUCAUCCCAAACUGAAAAAUCACAAAAUUCAGUAUGCCACAACAGAAGUGAAGAAAGAUAAAUAUUAUGGAGCCAAGGCAACCAUAAACGUUUGGAGGACACAUGUUCAGCAACACAGUGAAUAUAGUCUCUCUCAAAUUUGGGUUAUAAAUCAAGAUGAUAAUGAUAAUGUCGAGAGCGUCGAAGGUGGUUGGCAGGUCAAUCCACUGUUAUGUGGGGAUGAUAAACCAAGAUUUUAUGCGUAUUGGACAAGUGAUUCAUAUGGACGUACUGGCUGUUAUAAUCUACGAUGCUCUGGCUUUGUUCAAGUUUCCAAUAUAGUGGCACUGGGAGCCAUCAUCCAACCAUUAUCUAUCUAUGGUGGUACUCAGUAUGACAUCUCCCUCCUUAUUUGGAAGGAUCCAAGAAGUGGAAACUGGUGGUUGAGAGCUCAGGAUAUAAAUAUGGGGUACUGGCUAGCUUCUAUGCUCGAUAGUCGGUCAGAGAGUGCAACAAUAGUACAGUGGGGAAGUGAAGAAAUCUACACAAUAGAAAUGGGAAGUGGUUAUUUCUCCAAGGAAGGUUAUGGGAAGGCUGGCUAUUUUGAACAACUUUCCACUGUUAAUGAGAACAAUACUCUGGUCACUCCUGAUAACUUUAAGGUUUUUGCUAGCAAACCCAUUGACCUUAAACCUGUCAUUAACGGUGAUGUCCGCUUCUCCUACGGUGGCCCUGGAAGAAACUCAAAUUGCCCAAUUUAA